CAGCAUCUGGGGAAGGGAGGAGGCCGAGCCGGGGGCUGCCUUUUGAGGCGACGUCAGGAAGGGCACAGCUGCCUUGUGGAAUUCGCGGUGCAGGACGGAGGCAGCGCCUGGACAGCUUCUCCUUCUCCCGCUUUCCCUCUCUUGCUAUGUGCUGGCUGUGCUGCACCCUCCCUUUGGUGAUGCUCCUGAGUCUAAGUGUGAGCCCCGGAGCCCCCAGCACAGUGAAUCUAUGCUGCUCUUUCCCAUGCCAGCACAAAGGCAUAUGUGUCCAAGUGGGCAUGGAAGACUACGAAUGCGACUGCACCAGGACUGGCUAUUUUGGCAAGAACUGCACUUUGCCGGAGUUCUGGACGAGGUUGCGCAGUGCCCUGAAACCAAGCCCCAGUUUCUAUCACUUCAUCCUGACCCACUUCCGGUGGUUCUGGGACAUCAUCAACAACACAUUCAUCCGGGACACACUGAUGCGGUUGGUGCUGACAAUCCGUGCCAAUCUCAUUCCCAGCCCGCCCACCUACAAUUCUGCCUAUGGGUACAUCAGUUGGGAGGCCUAUGCCAACGUCAGUUACUUCACUCGUGUCCUCCCACCAGUGCCCAACGACUGCCCCACUCCUAUGGGAACCAAAGGGCCAGUGCGGCUCCCUGAUGCAGAGCUGGUGGCAGAGCGGUUUUUCCUGCGCAGGACAUUCCAGCCUGAUCCCCUGGGGACAAACUUGAUGUUUGCUUUCUUUGCCCAGCACUUCACACACCAGUUCUUCAAGACGUCGGGCAAGAUGGGUCAUGGUUUCACCCGGGCUCUGGGGCAUGGGGUGGAUCUUGGGCACAUAUAUGGGGACAAUUUGGAGCGCCAGCACAAACUCAGACUCUUCCAGGAUGGGAAGCUGAAGUACCAGAUGAUUAACGGGGAGAUGUAUCCACCUACGGUGCUGGAAGCUCCAGUGCACAUGAUCUAUCCAAAGCACAUCCCCCUGGAGCAGCGCCUUGCUGUGGGCCAAGAGGUCUUUGGCCUCCUACCAGGCCUCAUGAUGUACGCCACCAUCUGGCUGCGGGAGCACAACCGCGUCUGUGACAUACUGAAGAAGGAACACCCAACCUGGGAUGAUGAGCAGCUGUUCCAGACCACAAGGCUCAUCCUCAUUGGUGAGACCAUCAAAAUAGUAAUUGAAGACUAUGUCCAACAUCUCAGCAACUACUACUUGCGUCUGAAGUUCGACCCAGAGCUCCUUUUCGGGGUGCAGUUCCAGUAUCGGAACCGCAUUGCUGUGGAAUUCAACCAGCUCUACCAUUGGCACCCGCUGAUGCCAGACAGCUUUGCCAUCAAGAACAAGGAGUACAGCUAUGGCCAGUUUGUCUACAACACGACCAUGCUGACAGAUUACGGGGUGGAUGCUCUUGUAGAUGCUUUCUCCAGACAGCGAGCUGGGCAGGUUGGAGGGGGGAGGAAUAUCCACAGUCAGCUUCUGCAUGUGGCCAUUGGGGUCAUUGAGGAAUCACGCCUGCUGCGCCUCCAGCCCUUCAAUGAAUACCGGAAGAGGUUUGGCAUGAAACCCUACACGUCCUUCCAGGAACUCACAGGGGAGGAGGAGAUGGCAGCUGAGCUGGAAGAGGUGUACGGAGACAUUGAUGCCAUGGAAUUCUACCCUGGCUUGCUGGUGGAGAAGAGGCAGCCCAAUGCCAUUUUUGGAGAAAGCAUGGUGGAAAUUGGGGCCCCCUUCUCCUUGAAAGGGCUCUUGGGGAAUCCCAUCUGCUCUCCUGAGUACUGGAAGCCCAGUACAUUUGGUGGUGCCACUGGCUUUGAGAUGGUGAACACAGCAUCACUCCAGAAACUUGUACAGCGGAAUGUGAAGAACUGCUCGUAUGUGGCUUUCCGGGUACCAGAAGGUGAUAUGGAGGAAAUGGCAGAGGCAGCAGGCAGCAGCUCUGGAGAGAAGACGCCAUCUUCUGAGCUUUAGGACUGGGAGGGAGGAUCCUCCUGGGCUUGGUAGAUGAUCAAAACCCAGCCAGCAAGCUUCCAUCACUUUUGGUAGCAAAGGGCACCCAUGUAUGAUGGUUGGCAGGCUGACCAAGAAAUAAAAGGGCACAAUGCCCCUCCUGUCCCUAUCAUCAUGCUCCCCUGAAGCAGAAUAAAAAGACCUCUUACGGGUGGGGAGGCAUCCAAGGAGGAGGCUGUGAUGUUUUUGAGAAAUGAAAGCCCACAAAGGUCUGUUCAUCCCCAGUAGAAAAGCCCCUGCUCCCCCCUCGCCUCCUUGAACCCCCCUCUCCUUCAUGCACUAGGUUGCUCUCAACCCCUCAGUUGCAGGAGGAAUGUGACCAUACAACAUUGUCCCCCAAAUACUUGGAAUUCUGUUCUCUGGAGUUGGGUGCCUAGUUAGAAUUCCGAGAAACUUGUGCCUGUUUUAAACUUGUCAUGUAGAGGAUCCCUAGAGUCAUAGCUUGUGAGGUCCAAG